AUGGCUGAUCAGCAUGAUGAAAACGUUCAUGAGGAGAACGCUCAUGAUGAGGAGUCCGUUCAUAACGAUGCGAUACCCGCAGCAGGCGAAGGUCGUGGUCGUGGUCGAGGUCGUGGUAGAGGCCGUGGGCCAAAUUUUAAUAUUCCGGGCUUUGAUUUCGAACAAUUUUUAGCUGGCAUAGCAGCCAUGCAAACGAAUCAAGCGGAAGUGCAAAAUAUGCACAGAGAGCAGUUAGAUUAUCAACAGCAGAGAGUUGGUGCUAAUGUUGAUCAUUUCUUAGAGGAAGUAGAAAUGAAUGCUAGACGUCUUAAUGCUAGUGAAAGACAGUCUAUACUGAUGGUGGAGAUGUCAGCAAAAGGAUCUGCGAAGGAUUGGUUUCAAAGGAAUAUUCAACCAAGUAUGGGAGAGAUGACUUGGAAUGAAUUUGUCACUCGAUUUAAGAAUUUCUUUCUGCCGUUUUCAGUAACAGAGAGUUAUCGAGAGAAACUGUUGAAUCUGAAUAAGAUAGGAAAGACGGUGCAGGAGUAUGUGACGGAGUUCACAAGAUUGAGUCGAUUCACACCUGAUCUGAUGUUGGAUAGAGAUAGGGUGAAUUCAAGGUUCAUUAAGGGGCUAGGACCCGAAUAUAUUGGAUUGCUAUAUGAUGUUAGUAAGGAUCUGGUUCAAAUCAUCGAUAGUGCACGCCAGAUGGAAACCACUUUGAUCCAAUUUGGAAGGAUCACUGUUCCUGGUGAGCAAGUGAGAGAAGGAACUGCGAGUUCUAAUACGAAUAGGUUCACUGGACCAUAUCGUAAGGGGUUUAAGAAGAACAGAAGAGAUAGGAGGUUUAGUACCUCUGGAUCAAGUUCUAGUGGACGAAGUUCAGGAGGAACGGUACCACUAUGUCCAACUUGUGGGAAAAAGCAUUUUGGAGCAUGCUAUUGGGCAACUAAAGGAUGUUACACGUGUGGACAACAAGGUCAUUACUCUAGAGAAUGUCCUAUGUCUGGACCACAAGGUUCAAGUGCUAGUGUUGUUCAACCAGUGUUUCAACAACCUAGACCUGUAUAUCCUGCAGUGUCUGGGCAGGCACAGAACCAGAGUGUGUUUAAUGGACAACGUGGAAGAGGAUAUGGUUUUGGUAAUCGUGGUGGAGGAAGGACCUUAGGCGGACGAGGAUCUGGAGCAACUGCUAGCGGAGGGCAGGCUAGAGUUUUUGCGAUCAAUCCUCAGGAGGCGAAUGCAUCAAAUGCGGUAGUGCAAGGAAUUCAACCUGUGAUUUUGCAAAACCCAUUGUUAGUAGCUACACCUGUAGGCGAAAGCAUAGACGUUACUGUAGUGUAUCCGUCGUGUCCUGUGUUAAUUGGAGAGCGGGAAUUGCUUGCGGAUUUGUUGUUGUUAGAUGUUUUAGAAUUCGACGUCAUCCUAGGAAUGGAUUGGUUUUCGCGACAUUAUGCGAAUGUGGAUUGUAGAGAGAAUAUAGUGACGUUCCAUGCACCUGGAACUGAACUUAUCUCUAUACGGGGAGAGAAGUUGGAAACCUCAAACAGUUUAGUCUCGGCUUUGAAAGCGAGAAAGAUGUUAAGUAAAGGAUGUCAAGGAUUUUUAGCUCUGGUACGAGAUGUUCAGAAGGAAGUUGGAAAUGUGAAUGAUGUACCAGUAGUUUCGGAGUAUUCUGAUGUGUUUCCAGAAGAGUUACCUGGAUUACCACCAGAUCGAGAGAUUGAAUUCUGUAUUGAUCUAGUUCCUGGUACAAGUCCAAUAUCGAUACCUUCGUAUCGUAUGGCACCAGCAGAACUAAAGGAGUUGAAGGAUCAAUUAGAAGAAUUGAUUGAUCGUGGAUUUAUACGACCAAGUGUCUCACCGUGGGGAGCACCUGUGUUGUUUGUAAAGAAGAAGGAUGGAUCUAUGAGACUCUGUAUAGACUACAGACAACUCAAUAAGUUGAAGAUCAGAAAUGAUGAUACUCCAAAGACUGCAUUCAGAACAAGAUACAAGGAGGAGCAUGCGCAACACUUAAGGAUUGUGUUACAAACUUUGAGAGAUCAUCAGCUUUAUGCUAAAUUCUCGAAGUGUGAAUUUUGGUUAGAAGAAGUAGCAUUUUUGGGACAUGUUGUAUCUCAAAGUGGGAUUAAGAUGGAUCCUAAAAAGAUUGAAGCUGUGAUGAAUUGGAAAAGGCCAAGUUCAGUGACAGAAAUUCGUAGUUUCUUGGGUUUUGCUGGUUAUUAUAGACAGUUUGUGCAAGACUUUUCUAAGUUGUCUGCACCAUUAACUAAGCUAACUCAGAAGAACGCGAAGUUCAUUUGGAAUGAUCAAUGUGAAGUGAGUUUCCAGAAGCUGAAGGAGUGUUUGACAACAGCUCCAGUUCUGGCAUUACCUUCUGGUAGUGAUGGACUUACAGUCUAUUGUGAUGCUUCUAGGAUCGGGUUAGGAUGUAGAGAGUUGAAUCUCAAACAGAGAAGGUGGAUGGAGUUGCUAAAGGAUUAUGACUGUACGAUACAGUAUCAUCCUGGCAAAGCUAACGUAGUGGCUGAUGCGUUGAGCAGGAAAUCAGCAGGAAGUUUAGCUCACAUUACUUUAGUUGAGAAGCGACGAAUGGUUAGAGAAGUACAUUCGUUGUUUGAUCAAGGAAUUCAAUUGGAGGUUUCGUAUUUGGGGAGUUUGUUAGCUCAAAUGACGAUUAAACCUACAUUGAAUGAUCAGAUUAAGGAACUUCAGACAAUCCUCAACUAA